AUGAUUCGAAUCUGUGUGUGUGUGUCUGUUACACCCCCUCGUCGCACUUGAAUUAGUUUUAGAUUAACAUCGCACCCCCUUUUUUCUGGGAGGGCGAGAGGUGGCUGUGGCCACUCUUCCGGUUAUAUAUUCUCAAGUGGAUGGUUUUCGUGAUACAAAUGAUGAUGAUGUGAUUUUGAUUCGCCCUGCCAAAUAAAGUUCAUUUUCCACACAAAGGAAAUAUACAAGAAAGGAUGAGCGGAUGGGGAAAAUGAGGGUGAAUGUGGGUGAAUGCGAGAAAGAGGAAAAAUGAUACGAAGAUUCCAAUCGUUUAGUGGAUCCCCUUUGGAUGAAAUUUCAUGUGGAUGAAUUUAUCUUUUUGAUAGAUUUUUUUUUAAUUUAAUGAUUUUAUGAAAUUUAAACUGAAAAUUCGCUUUUGAAAUGCAUCGAAAUCCACCCCAAAUCCAUACUCGCUUUCUGUUGGAAAUGAAUUUAUUGGAAAUUGGAAUUAUUUUGAGCACUUUAUCCAGUACAAUACGAGGUCGCCCAGGCAGGAUUACGUUUUAGCCACCAUGGAGACAGAGAAAAAUUAAAUCAAUAGUUGAUAAACAGUGUGAUAUAUUAGAUACUUUUCUGGGUCGUUCACGGGGUAUUCGUCAUUAAAUUCAGUGAAAAUGUGUGAGAAAGCAGUCCAUUGUGGUAUAGACCAUCUUCGAGCUAUUUUGCAGCAUGAAAUUGAAAAACGAGACGAUGCGCGGGGGCGCUGCAGCGAUUUGGGGCGACAAAUUGAGGCUUUCGAAGCCAUGACCGAGGAGGCACGUCGGCAGCCUCAGAGCUCCCUGGAUCCCCUUGUGGAGAAGCAGGCAAACACCAACAGCGCCCUCGCAUCACAAGUUGCUGCCACGCGUGAGCAGCUGGACAACCUUUCACGCUCCUUCCGCAAUCUCGAAGUUUGCAGCAAGGAAUGCGAUCUCAAUAUGCGUGAUCUCAUUGUGGACUAUGCUUGUAUCACACGCAGUGAGCUCCUUAAGGAGGUGAAACGUUUCGAACGGAUGCAAAUUGAUCUGAAGAGCAACAUUGACCGAUUGCAGUUUCGCCUUGACUGUGAGUCAAAGCAGUACUACUCGCUCCUCGAUCAGUUCCAGAAGCUUCAGAUUGAGCUGUACUACCUACAAAAUCUCGGUGAAAAAUACUCCUUCCGGAAUUUCUUUGUGCACUAAAUUCGUUGCACGUUUAUUCAAUGAUUUGUGAAAUUGGUUUUGAAAGGAAUAAAAUCAUUUAAUUCCAGAAUGAUUCUUUGGUUAAUGUUUAAAAAAUAAAUCCUUGAAAAUCAAUAUUCUAAAUACAACAAGAUAAUAAGAAAAUUCUUACUUUGAAAAUUUUCCUCGUGCGAAUUUUCCUUAUUUGAAUGCGAAAUGCGUUUUUCUCAUUUUUCCACGAAUUUUGUGACUUCACUCUAUACAUAACAAUUCCUACUACCCCUUUCUGCUCAGAUUAUGGUGUAUUUUGAUAACCUUGAUAGCAGAUUAAAAGCUUUGUGUGUGAGAAAAUUCCAAAGCUCCGAGAAAGGUGCUGGAGUCCCUUUCCUUGUAUUUUUAGGACGCUCAAACAAUCCUUUGAUAGUCUCUCUGAUUGAAAUCCUUCUUAUAGAGCUCUGUUAAAAAAAAGUUCAUGCUACGAUUAUUCAUUCACUUUUCAUUUCAUUGAAGGUUCUCUCUUUUACUUUUCCACGCUGAGUGAGUGAGUCUUUUCUAGGAAGAAGAAAGCUCCACGAAAAAAUGCUAAGUACACAUACAUUGAGGAAGAUGAAAUCUCCGGGAGAUUCCGCUCAUCAGCCUCGCAUUGUGACUUUUGGGUGAAGGAGUGAAUGACUCUUGAGAAUUUGAUCUCGAUUGUGUUCCCAUUUACGCAAGAAUUGCCCUGAGGGGGGAGGGGGUUGAUUGUAAUUAAUGAUCUCUCGAAGGGUGGUUUGAGGAAUCUUUUUAAUUUCUCUCCCAGAGCAAAGGAAAUAUCGAUUUACAAUUUUCCACUGGCCACACAUUUAUUAUUCAGAAAGUCAUCUCGACGUGAGCUCGCGAGCUGUCGCGCUGUGAGCUUUUUCUCCCGCAAUGUCCCUGAGCUUUUUUUUCCAGCAGGAUGCUAUGCGGAUAAAUGAAUAAUUCACAUGAGCACCAGACGAUGGAAAAUAAAUGAUCAUAAAUAAAUCGACCGCUGAGGAUGUCAUAUCAAAAACUAAAUAAGGGUGAAAGUGUCGCGCAUUUGUUAUUUCGUUUGUCCUUUAGCGUGGUUUCUUUUUGUUGUGCGCACUUUUUGAGGGUGCCAAGAAAGAGGAAUGAAAAGCAGCAUUUUUGUCUCGCAAAAUCCCUCAGCUUUUAACCUAAAUUCCAUUUUGCCCUCUAUAUUUUCAAGGGGACACACCGAGAGUAGAAUCGCCUAAAUUAUUUGUUCACUGUCACUUGCCACAUGCGCCAGAUUGUGAGGGUAGGUGAAUAGGGGGUGGGAUUAAAUAUUUGUGAAAACAAUCUCUAUACGGAACAAUUCAAUUAAAACCCAAAAUUAAUGGCCAUUUUCCAACCCCUAUUUACAGUGAUUUUAUUCUUAAUUUACGGACAAUAUUUUCGUUGACACAUUUAGAGAUUAUAAUCAGCAUACAUUAAUGAACACUGAUACUCCCAAUACAUCCCAAUAUUAUAUUAAUAUAAUCCUUUAAUUUUUGUAUUUUUUUUUCGAUCAAUUUUGUUGGAAAAAAUCUGCAAAUUUGAUGUAGAAUUAACUAAAUUGGAACAAUAAAAUUAGUUUCUGUUUUUAUUAUGAAUGGAAAGUGGAGCACACAGUCCCCUUUCCCUGGAUUUAGCGAAAUAAUAAAUGAAAAUUUUAAUAAUUGAAGUAUUUCGUUGCGGUCAUAUUAUUCAUAUUGAUUUUUAAAAUAUUUUUAAUUUUCUUUUUUAAUAAAUUAAAUAUGCUAAAAUAUUGGAUGAACUUUUGUGAAGAAAUAUCACGACAAAAUAAAUAAUCAUAAAAAAUAGUUUUAACCAUAAAUUUCCUCUUUAUUAAUUUAUUUAAGAACUAGGAAGCAAAUCUUCUUGUUCAGUGCGUUUAUCAUGCGUGUGGAUUCAGAGGCAAAAGUAUUUAAAUUUUGUGAAUUAUUUUCCAUUUUAUCCUGCAGAAAAUUCAAUAAACAUUUUAAAUAAACUUUCGCUGACAUUUAUAUUGAAAACAGCUUUUUGUUGAAUUAUUUUAAUUCUCAUAAUCAUAUUUCAAAAUUUAUUCAAUAUUUUUGUUAUUUAUUUGUUUUAAGCAAAUUUUCAGUAACUCAAUUAAAUAUGCUCUCUCCUCGAUAUAUAUUAAACUAUUUUUCGGAGUAAAACAUAAAUUCUGUUGCAUAUUUUUUGUUUGUUAAUUUUGUUGGUUUAUCUGCAACUAUUUGGUAUAUAUCCAGGAUGUUUUUGAUAUCCUUUUCCGUUUCAUCCCCUUUGGGAAAUGUGAGUGAUACGAUGAAUUAUUGUAGCGCAUAGUGCAAUAAAUUCACAAUGUGUCAAUAUAUUUUCUUCGUUUUUGCAAAAAUAUGUACUUUCAUAGUCCAUCCGUAUGUGCAUCAUACAACAAAUUUUUGUGAUAUCCUCGAGGGUAUGUCUUUUGCAUUUGGCAACUAUACAAAGUUUAUGUACAAACUACAUUUUGGUUUGGCUUUAGCACUGUUGGUGAGUGGAUGCAUCCACGAAUAUGUAUUGUCCACGAGUGUCCUUAAAAAAAAGCAGCGAAUUGGUAACUAAUGACCAAUCCACGGUCAAAAAAUCAAUUUUGUUAGCACUCUAAAAUUCCUUACCCCGUGUAUGUAGUUUUUUCUGUAAUAUCGCAUUUCAGUUUAAUCCCCUGUCAUUGUAUUUUAUUGCUUCAGUGUUUCACUUUUAUGUUCACAUUUUAGCUCCAUGCAAACGUUGAAAGUUCUCUUCCUCUGUUGCUCUUGGGAUCCACGUUGUUCUUUUUUUUGCCCUCUCUGUAUGGAAUGAAUCCACGCGGAAAAGCACGGAAAGCUCUCAAAAGAGUUUGAUGGUGAAGCAUAAACUAAUUUUAUUGCUCUAUAUAUACACAAAACGAAAUAUCCAUAUGCAAUAGUUCUAUAUAGAUUCCUCAUGAGUACUUUCCCCUCUCAGAAGUUUUUGAUUGUUAUUGAAAAUUAAAUAAAUGGAGCAACAAAGGCAUGUGACAAGUUGUGAAAUUGGAUUUUAGCUGGGGUGCAAUUAAUGUGACAUUAUUUCAGCAAAGAAGUGAGCUUUUAUUAUACAUUAUAUGUUGCUCAAACACAUCCUAUUGCAAAAGUUUGGUAAUUGAUUAUUUUUAGCAAGAAGGGAGAAGUUUGAAGAAAAAAUAUGAAUGGAUCCACGGGGGUGUUUUAUGCUACAUACAUAUAUUAUGCUAUAUAAGAAGAAAAGAAGAAGAACAAUCGUAAUU